AUGGAAGGUUUAAACGAUCAUGAGAACUUCAUUACUACUCCUAGUAAAGAAGGUCUUAGCUUCAAGAUAUAUUUAUGCAAAUACUGUGGGAGGGAUUUUCUAAACCCACAGGCACUAGGUGGCCAUCAAAAUGCUCAUAGGCUCGAAAGACGAGAAUUGAGGCUUCAUAAACAAGCUAAGGUUUUGAGGUUGAUGAUGGCCAAUAAUUUUGGACCGUCUAUGAUGCCUUACUACUUUGUUCAGCCCCAUGGUGUUGAGCUGAACCAGACCUCAAUCGCGGAAGGUAGCAGCUCUAUCAGUAGCCAUUCUCAUAGUCACUGGCCAGGGAGUUAUCGCCUAGGUGAUGGAGCACAGAAUUGUAAUGAUUCUGCCUCAAUUAUCACCAAACAUGUUAUGAUUAAUGCUAGAGUAGAAGAUGGUGGUGCAGGUCAAGAGCUGCUGGUUGAGGAUGGAGGUGCACCUGCUCAACCCGGGUUGCGGUUAGAGCUGCCUGACCUCAACCUAGACUGUACGCCUUUGUGAAACCCAUCAUAAUCUUUGUUCUUGCAACAUAUAUGCAUCGCCUAUAGUCUAAUGUCUUAUUAUGCAAUGCAGGAAUUGAAUUGUAUGUUGACUUUAUUAUUUUCAAAAGAAGUAACUUGAAACUCUCUUAUAUUAGCUCUCUCUCUUUUGCUCCUUCACAAAUCCUAACGCUAUGUUUGGAUAGAGAGAAAUGGAGGGAAGGAAGAAAAG